CAAAGCACAUCACAAGUGUAUUAUUGUAUGGUUUACGGCGUAUCAGUCGUAGGAUUUGCAGCUGUUGAAUUGAUUAACCUUGUGUGUAUAAUAUUGAAGCUUCAUUGCCCUAGUGCCUACAUGCAAAGUUGACUUGACAAUGCCAUCAAGGUACCAGGGAUGGGAUGAGACAGCUGUCAGAACUCCAAGUUCUGUUGAAAAUGACCGCCAUUUGAAUGAAUAUUUGGAGCCUGGUGGUUCACCCCCCUCUUAUCGAGUGCCAUCAUUCACUCCCAUCAACGAGCCUGUGAAGUCAAGCUGGGGGGGAAAUGGCGACGCGCUUCACGAUAUCCCUCAGGACGAUGAUCCAUUGCCUGUUUCCCAACUUCCCCAAAAGCGAAAGCGGCGGUCAACGGCUUCCAUUCGAAACAAAAGCGCACCUACGACACAUAUGAAGAAACCACGGUGUAAAGACGAUAGCCCGCUUUCGAAAAGAUUCGCAUAUAUACCUACACCCGACGAGCACACUUUACCACAGCCAUCCUUGUCGCUUGAUCCGAAGAAAUCUGCCUCACGAAGGACGAAUUCAGCGCUGUCAAAGCAGACCAAAGUUUUCCCCAACACAGGCGUCAGCAAACCAAAUGCGCAACGGUCAUAUGACAACGAGGCACAUCUCAAGAAGAGCACAGAAUUUACAAUAAAUGCACCUUCAACACUUGACAAGGUUGCUCAAGCUGGGCAUGUUGGGUUGGCACAAACCACCCUUGAAAAACUGGCCGCGUUUAUGUUCAAAACACCUGCUGUCGAUGUGGAAUUGAACCAGGCCAUGUUGGGCCAGGCCACGUCAUUGAACCCACCCACGAGCACGGCGAAUUUAGAGACACACUCAUUUGCCCACCAGCAAAGUAUAAGAAAUGGGGAGAUUAACAUUCAGCCUUGGCCAGCGCCCGACGAUGCAUUGUCACCAGUCGAGCAUGAAGUAUACGAGGGUGUGUCUCAUCAAACACCUUAUACACAUGCAACUUUUGGAGAACCAGAAGACGAUUUUGAAGAUAUUUUUGACGAAACUGCCAAUAUAUCUUGCUCCAUAGAAAUUCGAGCUUAUGGCAACAACACGCCCAAGCAAAAUCAUUCGGACUCUUUGGAAGUCAGUUCUAGCGUCUACAGAGAUUCCGCCUUUGGUACUGAAAUAGAUAAUUCAUCAAAUACCAGGGACCAUGCAGAAGCUCACGAAGGUUGGGAUGAAGGUUUAGACGACGAAGAUUUCGCUCAGUUCGAUACAGACGAUCUUGCUUUGCCCGGAAUACUCGCAACUUCUCGUAUGCUACCUCAAAACUCUUCCGCACAGUGUCCCAUUGAGCAUGGAAGCGACGAUUUUUAUGACGGCAUUGCUGAUGACGAUUUGAUGGAAAUUAUGGUGGAACAUGAGAACGUCCAUAACUAUGCUCGACAUGUUCGACAUCAAGCAACCACAUCUCUUAACAACGGCGGCAAAUCCAAGCUCGAGAAUGCCUCCCGAUCCUCUUUGAGAUUGCAAAGCACCGACGAUGAAUAUUUCAUGGAUGAUACAGAUGAAGCCGAACUGGUUAACCUGGCAGAACAGGAUAAUCCGGUGAUCAUCGAGACCCAUUCACCUCCAAGCAACUGGACUGGGUCCGACGUGAAAUCCCGGGAUAGGGAAGUAUAUGAUGAGAAGCUUACCUAUUCUUCGUCGAUCAAGCACAGUGACAAUAUAAUUAACAGCAAUCAGCUACGAGUCCAGCCCAGCGUCGAGUCAUUAGCAGAGCCAGAAGACUGGUCCUUUCUCGGCCAUAAUCCUGCUGUGCCAGAGAACAUUGAGUCCCUCCGCAAUGAGGCUCUACCAACCGCGCUCCCAGUGACCUCGGGGUCAUCUUGUCCCCGGUCAGCUAAUGAUGACACUCACGAGUAUAUCCCUCUCACACCUUUCGCGCGCUCUCCAUUUCCAGAAAAACUCUCCGCUGGUUCCGUCAUCCCAGGCCUCACAACUUUCACAAUACUCCGCACAUGCUUUCGCAUUGGGGAAUGCAUACGAGCAGGCUCCUUCUGCAACCGCCUCAACCAAGACGUCAUCAUUGAGCUUUUUUGCCGCGUAACUUUCUCAUCUCGAGGGGAUGGGACGCACAAGCAGAUUUUCCAGUUUGCGGAUAUUUUUCACAACGGUCCUCCUUUCGUGAAUGGCGUAUUAGCGAAUUACCGCAUAUCAGCGUUGCAGGAGAGAGAAAGUAGGGAGCUUUUGGCUGGAAAUAUUGAAGAGCCCGGGAUGGUGAGAUGUUUAGGAAGGCUGAAGGCACAGGUAGGAGGAACAGGGUUGGUGUUGCAUCUGGAUAAUAUCCGCAAGUCUGACUGGGAGGAAGUGAGGUGGACGAGAAGGAUUGUGGGUGUUCAGGAGGCGAGGGAUACCAGGAGUGGUUUGAGGUCAAAAUUGCUAGGUUGAUGGUGGAUUUGAGGAUUAUAUUGGGCUAUUUUUGCUAUUUCGGACAUUCUGCUAUGGCAAGAGGCCAGACUAAUAUUUCUAAGCUAUACUAACUAUCAAAACAGACAGAUAUAGAGGAAGCAGGCUUGAAGAUUGGAAGUUAUUUGCAGGAUAUGGCUAGCCACGAGGCCCAGAGACAGCUUAGAUACAGGCGAUAGCAUAUAGAUAGCCCCAACAGCUCAGCUCGGGAGAUCUCAUAUAAAAUUCAAACCCACUCACCACCUGUCCAUUCCUGCCUCUCGGACACCAACAUCCCACAAUCACACUCUCAGCACCGACAUCGCCAUCCCACCGGCACCAGCACCAUCUCCCCGCUCGCACCGAUGUUGGUGGUUGCAACACCCAACACCCUUCACGUAUACCCGUCUCCCAACCGCGGUUGAUCUCAUCUACUUUUUACGACAUCCUCAGCUGUCCGUCGCGCCGGUCAUCGGGCCUAAACCGGAGCUUUAUCUCAAGGCUGUGUAACGUGAGAUGUGCCAAGGGCGGACGUGAGAGGCAGGGUUGUAUUGUGGUGUAAAUGUUCCAGGCGAGGGGCAGAGCGGUGGC